AUGGCGCAAGCUUUGGAUCGCGUCUACUUCCCUUCCUUGGAGGAGUGCUUGAAGGGAGAUCGAGACAUUCUAUCGUGGAAAGCAGUUGCAACCGCUCUCUCCGACCCAACUGGCACGCGCCAGACGACACAGGCCGUCGCCGAUUUCCUCAAAGACCCUUACGUCCAAGACCUUGUUAAAAAUCCCACCAAGACAUUUGCCGCGCAGGAUGAUGCUACAGCCGCCGAGUUCGAAACGAGAACGUCGGCCAUUCAUAUCACACCAAAGGCCAAUGGAAAGUACGACACCAAGUCGGUCAAGGCGGAUGCGCAGUGGUUAAGCAAGAAUGCGAGGAUCAACCUUCUUGCCGCCCUCCGAAUCGUCGCAAUCGAACUACAAUCCCGCGCCGAAUUUCAUCUGGCGGGCCCGCUUUCCCUCCAAGACUCUCUCAACCUGCAGGACGCAGCUGGCGGUAACGAGGUUCAGUCCACGAACAUCGUAGCGACUUUGGCGACCCCUGGCUCCGUUGACGCAGACGCCCUUUGGGAAGAGUUCCAGAAAGAGGAGUCCAGAAAGGCGCGAAUCUACGUAAUAUACCUAUACGAGAGGCGUUUCUUUUCCAUGGUGGCGAGCUAUGUCCACUCUAUCACAUUCUUCGAGAGGCUUCCCAUCGCGACCGAGACACCACUCCUCAACCUUCGCGAGUUAUAUGGCCUUCCACGACCGAUGUCGCGUGAAGAUGAUACAAAUGGAAGGCGAGCAUUUGUAGAGAGGACAGUCGCCGUCUACCUCGAUCUUCUGGGAGAGCUUACCAAUCUACUUGAUGCCGGCUUGGAGGCCACGACCGACGAUCCUCUCGUGAACCAGGAUGACCUAGCUAUCGACUGGCUACGCACGGGCGUGGACCAAGCAGUUCACACGAUUCUAGUAGUUUUCCAGGCUUUAGAUUAUAUGGUUAUGGAAGAGAUCCAUGGCACCAUUGAAGCCGCCUCCAGCCUCGAUUCUGCAGCAGCGUACCCCACCAUCUUUGUAUGGAGCAUUAUACUAUUCCAGCUCCAUCUGUCCUUAACCGAUAGGUCUGAGAGACGCGAUGUUCUGCUCCAGCAAAAGUCCGCGGAGCUUAUCCAAGACAAUCCUAUCCGCCCGGGAACUACGCGGCGAUCAUCAGUCGGAAGCAUCAUCUCAAUUGACGAGCUUCCACGUGACGUUUUCCUACGCUCUACUGGCCUUGACAAGGAAAGCCAGGCCAUCGAGGUCCUCGCGAACCAGACGACGUCAAACGGGGCUGCUUUCACCGUGAUUGAUCAGAUGGCUGCAUCUAGUGAGAGGUCGUUCCCGUCCUUGCAAAGCUCGCGGAUUCGAUCCGUUUUCCUAGAGUUCUUCAACUGGACCCAGCCCAUCGUCCCUUACCAGGCUGACCCGGUCGUUGCUCUUGUCAAUAACCUCUCUGGUGGCGCAUCCUACUGGGACAUGUCACUGCAUCAAGCGGUUACCGCGCAGACUGAUGUCCUCGCAGCCGCAUUACAUAACGAAUUAUUCCUCGAUAACUACCUCUACACAUCCCUCAACCGGUUUCCGUUUGAGUAUUCCCCUUUCCUCCAUAUCUGUGCUGCACUCGCCAAAUGUACGACCAUUUCCGGCGGUGAGGCGGCAGAUGAGGUUCUUAGCAUUCUCCGCCGGACCUCAACCCUUACUUUCAACCUUCCGGACGAGUUUCAAGCCUACGAGCUCGCCUUCGAGGACGAAAACACAAACUCUUUUCGCAUUUUAGAGCCCUUGCCUUUGUUCAUCCCCCGCCCACGAACGAGGCGCCAUGUGGCUGUGGACGACUUCUGUAUCCCUGCCGGGUCCUACGGCCGAUUCGUCACGGAUUCGGGCCGUGUUGUGCAGAUGGACUUUGAGUACUCGCCCCUCGCACUCCUAGGAAGCUGUCUUCAACUUUCCUUAUCCCAGACCGACUACCGCCUAGUUUUGAGUGGCACGGCCCCUACCGAGGUGGCGGAAGCCAUUGCCCUUCUCGCGGUUCUCAUCCGCGCAGAAUCGCUCAAGUCGACGCUCUCCGGCGCUACCAACCAGCAUGAAUCUGCCAUCGAGAUCAUCGAGGAGGCUAGCAAGAGUAUCGACAAUAGCAAGGAUGUGAUUUCUAUUGUCUGCGAUAUCCUCGACUCAGCCAUGCAGGACGACGGUGCCAUGGGCGACGACCAAGAUUUGGCGGUUCUGACCGCUUGCGUUCAGUUCCUCCACGCCGUUUUACCCGUUUAUACUAGCCGGAUUCUUUCGUACAUGGCUCGCUGCGACCUGCUUAGCUCGGACUCCCGGGCUGGCAGAUUAGCCCGAUUGACGGGGAGCCUCGAUAUGGCCGACAGCCAGUUUGACUUUCUUGUCUCAACCGUCCGCCUCCUCUCAGCCGUUGUCGAUGCCAUGAUGAGCAGCAGCGUGCAAAGGAAGUGCGGUAACAAGCUAAAGGGCCGCCUGCGUAUUGACACUGACAGCUGGCUCGGCACAUCUGAAAAGACCUUAAGCAGGCUCGGCCAGUCUAUUGCUGUGGCCGCCGUAGAUGUUUUUGAGAACUGGUCCACGUGGAAACUAAGAUCCGACGUCUCAUACACUAUCCUGCUGAAGGACGUCGUGCCGCUGAUGAAGAAUCUCGUUCUUUACGCGUAUGGCCUUGACGAUAUCGAAAGCUCUUCACGGCCUACAGAGUGCCUCGAGGCAGGUGCCGAGUACAUCAUUGACAGUUUCCUUUCCCCUUCGGCAGGCUCGUUACGCUUCCGGCCUCUUCAGUCCACUCUUUACAUGGGCUUCCAGCAUCGCGCAUCGACGCUCUUCCAUUCGAGAAACGUUGUCUUGCAAGGGCAGGUUUCGGCUGUCCUUGAAUUCAGCACGAUCCUUCUCAGGGUCGCUAACACCUAUAACCGCCCGGUCGGCACUUUUGAGACGCAUCUGUUCAAGAGUUCCGGUCUCCUCUCUCGAGUCAGCGCGGUAAACGAGUACUUUCAGCGUCCUACCCUCCUCCUGUUCAUUGCCCUAGUAGAGAGCGCAGGCAGGGGAACGGAUGAGCCGCCCUCGCUACUCGGAUAUCUGGGUCCCCAGGUUGCGAAGUCGUUCCUCGACGUGCUUGCUAAGAUCGGCCGGCCUUUCUCGACACCUUCCGAAGUGACCACGAUCUGGAAAUUCUUCUCAUCCAUCAUUCGCAACAGGCAGCAGUGGAUGUCGAACUGCCUAAUCUCGGGCAAGACGCCCCGAGAGGUUUCUGAAGCUUCCAAAGCCAAGGACUUUGCGUCGGAAUCCGUCUUCUCUACCGCCCUCGAGAAGAUCAAGAGCCUAAGCUCUGUGUCGCGACCAGAGGCAUUGGGCAUCUUGGAUUUCAUCACCUCUGCCCAAAACUAUUGGCCCUGGACGGUAUUCACCAUUCUUAGGGAUCCUGCCAGUCUCGACGGCUUGCGGAAUCGCAUCCGUGGCAUGUCGUCCUCGGUCACCACAGGCAAGACCGACCCCCUGGCCGCGGCAUACGACGCGAAGGAAGCCGCAUACAUUGCAGAGGCAUUCGCUAUGCAACUCUACCACCUCCGUCACAUGGGCGGAGCAAAGUCUGCUGCAGAGAAUCUGCUCAAGGACCUUGAUUACUAUCUUCGGGACGGCGCCCUGAUCGCUGGCUACAACGGCUCUUUGCAUUCCAACUUCCGUAAGAAUUUCGCGACCAAGUACCCAACGUGCUCGGUCGAGAAGUUCAAGCGCACGAUGCUCGAGCCUAGGGACCUAGGUAACAACUAUUAUUACGAUCUAACGAGGGCUGAUGAAAUGCUUCGAUUUGAUCCUGGUUGGCGCGGGCCCAGGGGCAAUGGAUUCAAGACGGAAAUGGAACGAGCAAACCUCAAUCUCUCGCUCGUGGAUUCUCAAAUAUCAUUAUAUCAUGCUUGGGAGUUCCUCCUCCUUGAGCUAAACAGUAGCCUUCCUGGCAACGAAAUCGUCGCUCGAUAUAUGCAACAGGUGGCUCUCCAAUGCUUGGAAGCUAACCGCGAAGGUCAAGGACCGGAGAACAUCUUUGUUAGAAUCAUCGAAUCACGGUCAAAUUUUGCCUUGAUGCUGAUGCAAGGCUUGAUUGGCGUCAAAAUUGCCUCGGGAGACGUCAACCAGCUGCUCCAAGCGCUCUACGGAGCCAUUGCCUCGAUCGAGGAGCCCUUUGAAAAGGAAUCUGCCCCUCUCUACCGCACGCUCCUCAAGGCACUCUACAUCAUCUUGAAAUCCCACACGGGACAGGAGGGCUCGGCUGGGAGCGAUGGCCCUGUCGAAAUCUCGGGGGACACACUCGUAUCGAGGAUACAAAUGGUCCUGGACAUACUCGACAAGGUUGUAGGCAGGGUAUCACCCGAGGAUCUCGGCCUCGUCACAGCCGUGCUCCAGGCGUGCCUCGGGGUGCCAGAUAUGCAUCAACAGCAGACACAGAUCCUCAACAUCAUGGCGACGCACGAGGCAAUGCAGGUGGCGUGCUCGCUAUUUUCGUGGUCUGACAAGAUUACGGACAAUGGCGACCCCGUAUACGGCGAGCUCAGUUUGCUAUUCCUCCUCGCGUUGUCGAAAUUACCUAUGGUGGCAGAGCAGCUGGCGUGCAACGGCGUCAUCAGCCAGCUCACGUCGGCCAACCUCACUCGAUUCAUGAGACGUGGCGUCAUUUCGCCGUUUGCAGAUAAUGUCGGUGCCCAGAGGUGCUACAGCCUGUGGGCCAAGGCCAUGCUACCCCUGCUCCUUAACCUCCUCACAGCCAUGGGCACUACGGUGGCGCCCGAGGUGAGCUACGUCCUCAACCAGUUCCCGUCGCUGCUCAAGUCCAGCGUAGAGCGGUUCGAAGCGCCGGGCACUAGCCGCACGGCAUCCAAGGAAGCGAUGCACUACGUCACGCUUCUCACGGCCAUGGAGAUCCACUCGCUGGCCCUCCUUACCCGGGUCAUUGGCGCGCUUCGGAAAAACAACAACCGCGACAUACCGGAAGUUCAGUGGGAUGGCGCGUCCCUUCUCGAGUACGUGGAGUUUUGGCUGAGCAGCCGCCGGCUUCUACGAGAGAGGCUGCUGCCCCUGGGCCAGAGGGAGGUGGAGUGGAAGAACAUGAGGUCCCCUUCGUCAGCCGCGGCGGGUAUGACGGAGGGUUGGGAGAGCGUCCUCGAGGAGAAGGUGGUGCUGCAGCUCGAGGCGGUGAGGGAUGUGCUGGCCGAGGAUGCCUAG